UUAGGAGGAGAGCGCGAGCUUCCCGGGAGGCAGAUUGGCUGACUCGAGUUCGCCAGCCGGGCUGAGGCGUCUCCCUGGCCGGCCCCUGCUUUCUUCUUCUCCGGAGCUCCAUCCCUCCCCUGCUUCAAGGCCGCCGAAAGUGGGGUACCAAUAAACGGGAUUUUUACGCUCUUCGCCUUUUUUCUUGGAUCCACCAUCUGAGGCUGUCUGGGUUCGCCUUUGGGUCUGGCUUCUCAUUCUUCGCUGGCUAUGAAGAAGGUUCUGUCUUGAAGAUGGAGACUCUCUGGCUUUUAUUUCUCUCGCUGGUCCCGGUGUACAUCAGGGGACAAGGGGUUUAUGCUCCUGCCCAGGCCCAGAUCAUCCAUGCUGGGCAGGCAUGUGUUGUAAAGGAAGAUAACAUCAGUGAACGAGUGUACACUAUUCGGGAAGGGGACAUCCUUGUUCUGCAGUGUUUGGUUACAGGGCACCCACGGCCACAGGUGAGGUGGACCAAAACUGCUGGCAGCGCUUCGGACAAAUUCCAGGAGACAUCGGUGUUAAAUGAGACCCUUCUGAUUGAGAAGAUCCACAGGCUUCAGGGGGGUCGUUAUUACUGUAAAGCAGAGAACGGGGUUGGGGUCCCUGCCAUCAAGUCCAUUCGAGUAGAUGUGCAGUAUUUGGACAAGCCUGUCCUUACUGUCCAUCAAACUAUCAGUGAUGUUCGAGGGAGUUUUUAUCAUGAGAAGACAGUCUUCCUUCGAUGCACAGUCAGCUCUAAUCCACCUGCUCGCUUCAUCUGGAGAAGGGGUUCCGAGACUCUUUCCCAUAGUCAGGAUAAUGGAGUGGAUAUCUAUGAACCAUUGUACACAGAGGGGGAAACAAAAGUUCUGAAACUAAAAAAUCUACGACCCCAUGACUAUGCCAGUUAUACAUGCCAGGUAUCUGUCAGAAAUGUGUGUGGCAUCCCUGAUAAGACAGUCACCUUCGAGCUUACCAACACAACUGGCGGGGAUCCUUUGCCUCAGGUAGUCUGGUCUCACUCACCUGGUCCUAUGCCUCCGAACAGCCUGAUUCAAGGGGGCAAUCUUACCAUCUGGGGCAUUCAAACUGAAGAUUCAGGUUAUUACAACUGUACAGCCAUCAACAAUGUUGGGAAUCCAGCCAAGAAGACAGUGAACCUAUUGGUGCGAUCCAUGAAGAAUGUAACAUUCCAGAUCACUCCUGAUGUCAUCAAAGAGAGUGAAACCAUCCAGCUAGGGCAGGACCUGAAGCUCUCAUGCCAUGUGGAUGCUGUCCCCCAAGAAAAAGUUUUCUACUUUUGGUACAAGAAUGGGAAGCUGGCCAAAUUCUCAGAUCGAGUCGUUGUCAUCAAGAAUGACCCGGAACUUCCCCCCGUGACAAGCAGCCUAGAGAUAAUUGAUCUCCGUUUCACUGAUUAUGGUACAUACCUGUGUGUGGCAUCUUUCCAAGGAGCACCCAUCCCUGACCUGAGUGUCGAGGUGAACAUUUCUUCAGAAACAGUGCCUCCAACGAUCAUGGUGCCCAAGGGUCAAUCCAUCAUUACUGUCCGUGAAGAUUCGAGAGCAGAGUUACAGUGUGAAGUCCGAGGGAAACCCAAACCUCCUAUCAUCUGGUCCAGAGUUGAUAAAGAGGCUCCUAUGCCUUCAGGGACCAUGACAGUGGAGUCAAAUGAUGGGAAGCUGCAUUUUGAGAAGGUGACUCAAAAAAUGAGUGGGAUUUACAAAUGCCAGACAGCCAGAUACAAUGGCUUCAACAUUAGACCCCGAGAAGCCCUGGUGCAACUCAACGUACAGUUCUCCCCUGUCGUGGAACCCAUCUUCCAGGAUAUUCGGCAAACCAUGGGACGUAGUGUAAUCCUUCGAUGUACCAUGUUAAAGGGAAGCCCUAUGAAAGUGGCCACAGCUGUCUGGAGAUUUAAUGGUAGCCUUCUAACAGUGCCUCCAACAGAGCAGCAAGACUAUUCAGAAUAUAAAGUGGACAGUGUAAGCCGGGAGACUAGUGGCAACUAUGAAUGUAGUAUCUCCAAUGAUGUUGGGGUUGCGGUUUGCAAAUUCCAGGUAUCAGCUAAAGCUUAUAGCCCAGAAUUUUACUAUGAUACUCCGAAUCCUACAAGGAAGCAAUCCAAGAACUAUUCCUAUGUCUUACAGUGGACACAGAAGGAACCAGAUGCUGUUGAUCCCAUUCUUAGUUACCGUCUAGAUAUCCGUCAGCUGAAUCACAGGGACUUGCCUCCUAAACCCAUUUCUGUGAGGAAGAUGGAAAAGGGCAUGUUACAGGAAUACCUCCUGACUGACUUGAAGGUGCCUCAAAGCUAUGAACUUCGUUUGACACCCAUAACCCGGUUUGGGAUGGGGGACAUGGCAACCCGUAUCAUCCACUAUAUAGAACCAAUCAGCUACCCUAACCCAGUAGGUAACACCUGCCACUUUGAAGAUGAGAAGAUCUGUGGUUAUAUUCAGGACACAACAGACAACUUUGAUUGGAUUCGUCAAAGCAGUCUAACCCAUGAUCCAAAGCGCACUGCCAACACAGGCCCCACCAUGGAUUUCAGUGGGACCCCCGAAGGGUACUACAUGUUCAUUGAAGCUUCUGCACCCCGAGUGAAGGAUGACAAAGCUAGAUUAAUCAGCCCUAUGUACAACAUGACUGCCAGAUUCUGUGUCUCCUUCUAUUAUCACAUGUAUGGAAAGCACAUUGGAUCCUUAAAUCUCCUGGUUCAUGUGAAGAAUAAGCAACCCACUCAAGCCUUGUCACUCAAAGGCGACAAAGGAAAUAUGUGGCAGCAAGUACAUGUACCCAUCAAUCCUGCAGGACCUUUCCAGAUCAUAUUUGAAGGUGUCCGUGGGACAGGUUCUGAGGGAGAUAUUGCCAUUGAUGAUGUUACUCUGAAAAAAGGUGAUUGUCCAAGAAAGCCAAUUGUCCCAAAUAAAGCAGUUGCCCUUCCAGGAAAUUCUGCUGUCACCCAACACACAUCUUCUCUUUGCGGGCCUCUAAUUUUCUUUCUUUAUGUGCUGCUGAGAUGAUAGCAGUGAAUGCUCCCAUUGUCUGAGACAUUCCUCCUCCUUUCCUACUUGGUCACCCUCUGCUCCUCUGUCUCCCUCUCCUCACUGGCACACCAAAGUGUCUAUAUGUUACCAAAGACUAACAUGCAUGACUACACAAAAGGGAUCCAGCUAAGAACCUAAGGGAUUCCUGGAGGAAGUCAUACUGUCUAAAAACAAAAUAUAUAUAACUAAAGAAGAGACAAAAACAAACAAAUGAAAGAAAGAGGGAGGAAGCAAUGGAAAGAAGAUAUGGAAGCAAAGAAUGAAAGGCAAUGUUGAGGAUGAAAAUGAUGUUUAAAAGGAUCGUUGGAAUGGGGGAAGGCAUGUUCCUUUAAGAACAGUGGACAAGACUUCCUCAGGGAAGUAGGAACUUUUGUUUAAAACAAAAUAUAUUAAAGCACAAAUUUCUACCAGAACUGUUACCUUCUUGGCUGCAGAACCACAGUUUAGAAGAUAUUCUAGCAUACACAGUGCCAUCCUUUGGUAUCUCUGUGUUAAGACUUCUCCCGUACCGGUUUUGCCUACAACCUGUCUACUGCAGCACCACCUCAUACUUCUCCCACUCAUCUCUGGUGACCACAGAACCUUGUCUUCAUUUGCAUGUACCUCUGAGUCUUCAUAUGCGUUUUUAAGACUCUCAUGUAUUUACUCGUCCAUCUAUAAUUUGCCUUGACCCAUCCAUCCCCAACUUCAGCUCAGCAAAGUAAAGAGUCAGACCUCUUGUGAAUUAUGGAGAUGAAUGGAGAAAUUUAGGACAAACAUAAGCUGCAGGUUCAGCUAUUGACAUCUUCACCUACCCAUCUUUUCUCCUUUUUCAAGCUGCUCACUUCUCCCCUUUAGUACUUAUUUUUACUACCAUCCCAGAGACAGAUUGUCAAUACAACACAGAGACUAAAAGAAAAGGCUUCUUGUUUGAGGACCAAAGUAAAGAAGCUGAGUAGUGACACUGCAGUCAGUUACUAUCAAAGCAUGAGCUCCAGAAGCCUUAAGGCAAGGAUUUCCUCCAGCUUUGUUGUUGUCAUUACUGCUGCUGCUAAUUUAUCUAUUUCCUAUUUCCUGUUAGUAAUUGAGUCCUUACAGCUCCACUUCCUUUUUUAACUACAAGGGAAGUCAUACAGAUGCACCCUUAUGACAUCUAAAAUUGCAAUAUUUCCUUGUCGGUUAUAGUACCUAUUCUUGGCAUAUUAUUAAUCAAGGAUGCUGAUAUCAUGGUGCUUGAUUUGGUACUAAAGGAUUUGGCAGCUGUAUUACAGCUGCACAAUGAAGUGAUAGACAAAUGGAAGUAGAAAAUUAAACUGUCCCUACAUAAAGGAAUCAGGAUAGGCAGGCUGUUAUAGUUUUGAAGAAGAAUAUACAGGUAGUCCUCAUUUAGUGAUCACAAUUGGGAUCAGCAACUUGGUUGUUAAGCAAAGUGAUCACUAAGUAAAAUUGCAACUGUGCUUAUAAACUGACACCAUCUUUGCUUUGCUUUACAGACCUGCGGAGGUCAAAAAUGUGAGGAUAGGUCACAAAGAUACUGUUGUAACUGCAGACAGUUGCUUCAUGAGGCAGUCAGUAAAUGAAGACUACCUAUACAUAGAUAUCUGUACAGUGCAGAAAGACAGAGGAAAAAACACUGUUUUCAGGGACACCACAUUACCACUGUGAGAGGAAUGUUUUCUCAGGAAAGCCCAACUUGCACUUGGUAGUCCUGAGCCUGCAAGACCAUUAAAGCCAACUCUAAAUCAAUAUAUGAAGCAGAACUGGUCUACCUAAUAGGCAUACAUUACUACAGCCAUGACAUACUCUGCAUACAUUUUAAUUGGUCCCUAAGACUUCAGGCAACAUAAGCUUUUCCUCCAUCCACAGUCUUCCACAUCAAGUAGCUACUGGAGACAUUGGACUACAGCCCUCAUAAUCUUCAGCUGGCUGAGAAUUCUAUUAUUUGCAGUCCAACUUGCUUUGAGAGCAUUAGGUUGGAGAAGUUGAUCUAGCACAGUGGUUCUCAACCUGUAGGUUGGGACCCCAUUUGGGGUCGAACGACCAUUUCACGGGGGUCGCCAAACAAGGCUGUCCACCAUUUUUCCCCCUUUUCUUUGGCCACGCCCCUGGCACCCGGUGAUGUAUAAGUGGUUGGGGGGUCACCACAACAUGGGGAACUGUAUUAUGGGGUCGCGGCAUUAGAAAGGUUGAGAACCACUGAUCUAGCAAUUCAAAUACUUGCUAAAUGCUACUUCCAGCUGCUUUAAAACUCAAAACGUAGAAGAGAGCAAGCAAUGUGGUGGGGGAAUGAUGUCUGGUGAUGUUUUGUGUAGUUCUGUAUUCUCUGGGUUUACAAAUGUACUAAUAGGGUGAAGGAUAAUUAAUGCUAACCCAGAUUCUGCUUUGUAUAAAGUUCUCUUAUUUAAUUUUGACCUAAUUACAUACUUUCUUUCUCAUAGAACGCACAGGUGAGUUUAUCAUUUCCACCAGCCCAGAGAUAGAAAGUUUUGAUUAUUCAUUGCAAAAAGCCAUCUGUGAAAGAAUUGUGUUCUACUUAAAAUAGUGGAGAGUGGAUUGCAAAAGUGGCCUCCCUUAAUAAUAACUUCCAAAAUCCUUUCCAUGAUUGGUAUUGAUGUUUCCCUCUAAAAGGUAGAAAUGGCCUCAGCCUUCCUUCUGUUUUCAGCUUGUUGAAGCCAUUGGGGUCAAGUGCUGAGGAUGCUCUCUUUAUCAAACACUUAAACAUUAACUUCCACUGACUGACAGCAGAAGUAGGGAACCAGGAGACACAAUCUGGCCACUGAGAAACUCAUCACAAGUAACAUGAUACAGGGAUCUCAUCAGCCUCCAACUUCGAAAAUUAGCCUAGCCUACCAAUCCCACUGUCUCCCCAAGUUUCCUGCAGGUUUAUGAACCCAGGCUUAGAACAAUAGGUCAUUUUUAAUGGAAAAGUUCCAUUUGAGUCUGUGAUUGACAAAGAUGGAUUCUCUAUAUAAUGGGAUAUUCUCUGUAUCUGAGCAUUAACUGUGCUGCAAAAGUCAUUCUGUUUGGUCUCAAAAAGAGAAUGAGCUUCUAAAAGGGAAAAUGCAACAUAAUUGGGUGCUGAUUCUUAUUCUGGGCCACUUGUGCACUCUCUGCAGUGAAACAGCUCGGUACAACCCUUUACUCAUUUUCCUGGAAGUAAGUCUGCUUACUCCCAGGAAUGCAGCUACAUAGGGCUGCACAAUUAAAGGCCAUAUUGUCUUUUAGUCGAAGCAAGCUAAAUAUAAUACCAAGUUCUGAGUUACUUUGAGAAUUUAGAGAAGUUUACUGCAAAAGGUGACAGCUGGUGUUUGGAAGAUUAGGAGUGAGAGAUUGGGGAGGGAAAUAAAGAACAAAACACAGAUCCUGAGCUGUUGUCUUCCUUCUUUCUGUCCUGUUUCUGCAGCAGCUUCCUGAUUUAAGUGUCCAUCUGUGUGAGAAUUGUAAUGGAUUAAUGAAGUGCCUAUUUUUGCAAAGGAGAUACACAAAGUUCUCUCUUGGACGGGGUGAGCUAGCACUGGCUCAGGUAUCUAUCAAUGAAAUACCAGCCUUUUAAUCAUCAAGAAGUCUCAGGGAGCCUCAUUUCCCAAUACCCUUCUUGUUUUUAUUGCUCUUUUCUUUCUCUGGCAUGGAAGGAACAGGUUUCCUUAGUGAGAGUUGAUGUUUCUGGUGCCUUGUCAGAAGCAUGAAGGUUAAAAAUGGAACAUUUCAAGUCAUUGUCCAGAUUGCCAAGACAAGGCAUAGAAUGAACUGGCAUAGUGGUGAAGCUGCUUCAUUUAUGCAGGAAAAUGCCAACUGUGCAUAAAACCCGAUGUUAGGAUCAGAAGAGCUCAUAUUGAGUCAUGCUGGCUAAUUCAGCCCAGGAAACUUCUCAGCAUUUCAAGCGAGCAAAGUGAAAAUAUUCUCCAAGCAGAGAUAUUGUUUGUUGUUGUGCUUGUAUUUGCUAGUGUUUUCACAGAAAGGUGGGGAAAACCUUUCAGAGCUGCUUGAAGUAGCAGCUAGUAACUGUCUGACACAUUCCUUUUCUAAUUAGGAACUGGGUUGCAAAAAUGCAGAGGGAACACUGAGAUGGUAGGAAAGAUUGGCAGAAAAUGCUAACCCUUUUCUGGUGAAAUCCAGACAGCCACUAGAUUGCAACAAAGGGCUGGCAUUUUCUGCCUAUCUUUCUGCCUAUCCUUCAUGUCAUCUCAGGGUCUCCUGGAUUUUUGCAGCCCUAAUUUAGAAUAGAAUGUUGCAUGAGAACAGAGCUUUGUCGUGGCAUAGCAUUAUUGUGCAAAGAUUUGGAAAGGAAGGAAAGAUGGUGGUCCCAUUGACCAAAACACCUUGAAUACCUCCUCCUUAAAGGUAAUCCCAUCAAAAUGAGAAAUCUUCUUUACCUGAAAACUAGUGACACCCUUCUUCAGGUUUGCAAAGGAAAAAGCGAUCUCAAGAAAGCAUGGGAGAUACCAUCUCAGAUCUAAUUGAAUAUUUCAGUGUAGACCUCAAAAAAAGCUUAGGAAUCAAAUUAUUUGUAAAUAAUUUGUUUAUUGAUUAUAGCUCAAUAGUGUCAGAUAUUCUGUUAUUUUGUGUGUGUGUGUGAAUAAAUAUAUAAACACAUAUAUGCUUAUAUACAUACUUAAACACACAUACAUACAUAUUGAUCUAUUGAAGUGGUACAAAUUGUCUAGACGUAUAACUGAUAUAUAUCUAGGCAAUGUGUAGAUAUCUAUCUAAAGUCUGCAGUUGAAUGUAGUAUUAUUUAAUAACCCUUCACUAUUGUGAUAUAGUUAUUCCAUGAGACAAUCUUUACUUCCUCAAAGUAAGAUGCAUCACUGCUUCUCAGCAAUGACGGAAGAAAAUAAUUGUAAAUAAAAGUAUAUAUAUAUCACAAAAAUAUAAAAACCUACUGUGCUGUUGUUUUCAGUGAGGACAUAUAUUGGAGGAGACAAGAGUAUAACCCAAUUAAAUAGAGUAUAUGUGAUAAAGGUUAAGGUAUAUACACAAACAUUGCAUUAUAGUGGCAUUCACACAAUAUGCUAAAUUAAUUAAUCUAUUUUAUGGAUUUGUGCAACAAUCCAAUCAAAGAACCCAAGUUUACAUGCCGUGUUAUGACACAUGCACACACAUACAAAAACUCAACUUGGCAUGUUGCUUGCCUAACCCAAUUAAAUGUGUUGUGUGAACACAAUCUUCUUACUGUUCUUACUGUUCUUACUGUUGUGGAUUACUGUCUUAUGACAGUAAUCCACAACACAUGCUCCAAAAAGUCAGUUCAUGAAGAUCCAUUAGUUCCCUUUAAUCCAGACAGUUAAAUCUAUCCAGAGAAUAAUUACAAGAUAUCACUAUACAUAUUUUUUUUUCUCUUGCAAACUUGUCAAGGACAUGUUGAAGGGAGGUGGAUUGAACAUAAGGAUUCAUGUAUAGAAAAAAAAAUUAUUUAGCUUUUCAGCAUUGUGUACCAUUUAUUACUCAUCCCAUUAAAUUGUUCAGGUUAGGGGAUGUAUUCUAACCAGAAUCAAGCUCCCUAAUACACAUGGAAAACUAAUACAAAUACAAAACUAAUCAAAAGAACAAAUGUGAUUUGUCUAAAUAUUAUUUGUGAGUUGUCCAGGAUUAUGCUACAUCAGAUGGGCAGCUCUACAAAUCCUUUAAAUAAAUAAAUAUAUACUGGAAAAGUCAUAAAUCCUGGAAACAUUUCUGAAGGUAGGACUGAAUCAAAUAUAAAGCAAAAUGUAGAUUAUUAUUGUAAUCCUGUGCAUUUUUACUCAGAAAUAAGUUACUUUAAAUUCAGUGGGUUUUAUUCUAGGUCAAUGAUGUAGAAUUGCAACUUUAAAAUAUGGUGCACAAAUAACAAGGAAAGGGAAUAUCUUAAAUACACAGAUGCCAUUAUUCCUGAAAUAGUCCAUGUAAGAGGACUACUUUCCAGCUAUAUAACACUGUAAUUGAACAGAUACUUCUAGUGUACACAAUGCAAUCCGAUCAUGCUGUAAAGGAGCUGGAGUGACAAUGCACCUUACACAAGCAAAAAGAGUUUUGAUGCAAGAGUGGAAUUACUGCAUUGGUAUUGACCAAUAUCUGAGAAAUAUCCUUCAGCCUUUUCUAAUCUGGUUCCUUUAACUCACGGGUGUCAAACUCGCCGUGUCAUGUGACAUGUUGCAAUGUAUUGUGACUUUUUUCACAUUGCUGGAGCUGGGGUAGGCACGGCCUCUGCAUGAUGUAACUGGCCCACAGGCCAGCAGUUUGACACCCCUGCUAACUCUUCUGUCAGUGACUUCUGGGAGCUGUAGUCCUAAUACAUCUGGAUGAUAAUAGGUUAGAGAAGCUGACCUUUGUAAGAGAAUUUUUAAAAACUAGUCUACCAUUGCUUAAGCUUCCCUAUGGAAUAUUUAACCUAUUGAGAUGAUGAUGAUGAUGAUGACCCUAAAAGAAAGAAAAUAUUAAAAUAUUCUUAUGGAAUUGGCUUUUGCUUCUGCCAGCAUUUCUCUUCUCUACUAAGCUCUGGUUUUAAGCAGCUCCAUCCUUCUUAUCUUUGAAGCCUUCUGCACAGACUGCUUCUCAGCUCCCACAUGCACAGCAGAGGCUCCAGCCAAGGUCAGGGCUCGCAUUCUCCAUGCAGGAGCUGCCAAUCUUUGAAGUGCUAUCUUAAUUUUCUGUGUUUUUCAUUUGCCCUGAUUGACCUUGGAUGAUGCUUAAUAAAUGAGCAAGACAUUUACUGAAAAAGAUUGCCCAUAGUGCCUUGAAAAAUUGCAUUUUAAUGAGGACCAAUUUAUACUCCGUAGUAAUAAACUGCAGUCUAGAGACAAUGGUUAUCACUGGGCUGUCAACAUCAGGCUGCUCAGCAUCCUUAGAGGAAGGCGAGAUGUUUGAGUAGUCCUCAGCUUUACAGUAAGGAGAGAACUGCAUCAAAUCAAGAAUUUUCAAAUGAUCACAGCUGGGUGAUCAGGCUAUGUAACUAGAUAGUAGCCCUUCUCCUGAUUCACCGUAAUAUGGGUUACAACGACAGCAAAAUGAAAUAGAAAUUAAGUGGUAAAAUCCUACUAAGGAAGGGGCUGAAAGAUACUUGAUCUCAGCAUCUUUUGAAUGUCUUACAAAAGAAGAAUGGCUUUCCCCUGGGCAGAAAGGCAGAAGAACAAUCAGAUAAACAAUAAGGCAAGAGAAGAUUCCAAAUGUUUGCUAGAUGAUUUGAUGAGCCUACUGUAUUGAAAAGAGAUUGUUGCUAUGUGCCCAACUAGAAGUCACCUUCAUUUUAAUCAACCAUCAUCUCUUUGCUUUCUGAUUAGGUCCAAAAGUUAACAGUCUCAUACUGCACUGUUCAGAUGCCACGUUCAAGUGAAACCAGUUGUUUCAUCCUGUUCUUUGGAAGCUCUGACUGAAGCUUAUUUAUACCUAUAACCUGCUAAAUGUGUAGAUCUGUAGAACAUUCAGGCAAAAGCAUUCCAGUUUAAUUUUUUACAAAGCCACUAUGUUAUUCUCCCCAGGAUCCAUAUUAAAAUAAGAAAUGCAAAUAAGAUGUAGUAGAACAUCUUGUUGUCCCCUUUCCAUAUCUGUUAGUGACAUUUAUUAGUUCAAUCAUUUCUUUUCCUGUUUAUUAGAUAACCUCUUUCUACAUUUCAGCCAACCGAAUACUGGUGAUUUAUGAACGGAGUUCUGUCCCUCAAUCCUGUUUUAUAUGCCAAUGAAUUAAAUAAACACAAAUAUGCAUAGGCUCAUACAGUUUAGGAAAACUGUCUUAAGUAUUGUCUUAUGGACUGACCUUUUAUCAAGCAGAGCAUUAGAAGGAAUGACCUUUGAGUCUUAAUGUCAUUCUCUAAAACAACAAUGCAAGAGAAAUAAAUGUUUUUCAAGAGACUUAUCAUUUGUGAGUUUAGUCACUGAAAUUAGGCAGAGUGAGGUGACUUGCUUUAGGAAGAGAGUUGGGAGUAAUGCUAUCCAUUCUUUAUCCUAUGUUUGGAAAAUUAGCCAUUGAUUCCCUUAGAAUUAGAAUUAGUCUAGAAUUUCUAUAUAUCUAGUAAAUCAUGCAGGGUUUAUUUCUUACAAGCAAAGUGACCCAAUAAAACUUGAGAAUACAUGAACGAUUUCACUUUUCCCAGGAAAUGUUUCUCCCUAUUCACUGAAUUCAGUUACUUUAGUUUAUCACACAACUUUUAAUAACACAGUUGAAAAGGCUGUAGUUAUAGCUAGAAGCUGAACUUGUCUACCAGAAGAAUCCCCACUGUUUUUGAAACAUUUUCUUGUUGCUUAUACAUUUGGUUCAUAAAACGUAGAUGAUGUUACAUGUGCAUGCUUACAUUUACUGAGAACUUUAGUUGAAUGGGGUGUUAUGGAAGUUGUAGCAAACAUGGAUGCUGUCUCAUAAGUCUAGGCAAUACCACAAAAUAUAAUGAGAAAUUCUCAAAAAUCAAUAAAUUGUUAAUAUUUUUAUGCACAUGCCUACAGAAUAGCUGGUUUCAAGUAUUUGAUCUGUUGAAUGUUUAUCAGGAGAGCAGAGACUCUCAUUUAUUAUUCUAAGUUGGAGAAGAACAUCUGAUGGACAUAACACUCCAUCCAUUAAUAUAACCAAAAGUUAGGAAGUAGAUAAUUUCAUAUAUUGAGCCAAGCAAUUAUUAUUAUUAGACCAUCAUUAGUUAAUGACAGAAUGAUUCAGAACCUACAUUUUCAACAAAGAUGUUCCUCCCCACCACUCUUUAAUUUUCUUCUACAGUGUUGCUUUGAUGAACAAUGAAGCCAACAAAGAACGCCCAUGUAUGUUUCUGGAAGCAAAACUGUUAUACAACUUUAUUCUGUCUUUUUCAGACUCCAAAGCCAAAGCAGCAAUUGACUGAUGGCUAUGUUCAGCCACCAUAAAAAUGUGUAGGAUUCUAGUGGGAGUUGGUAGAUUCAUUGAAAUCAACUACAGGGAUUGUUUGUCAGUUUUUCCUUAGAUAGCCAUCAAUAUUCCUAGAUAGCACUGAAGUCCUAUCAAUUAGAGCAGGGCUUUUCAACCUUUUCACAGAUUGUACCACUUUUAAGAUAUGGCAAUAUCCGGGUAUCACCUAGCAAGGUGUCAAAAACUUGAUGACCACAAAAAAAGG